GUGGGGAGGAUCCCAUGGAAGCACAGAAUAUCACACAUGUGUCAGAGUUUGUCCUCUUAGGAUUCUCACAGACCCACAAGCUCCAGAAAUUCCUGUUCCUGGUGUUCCUAUUUGUCUACGUCACCACUGUUGUGGGAAACAUCCUUAUCAUGGUCACAGUGACUUCUGAGUCCCGGCUCCACAUACCCAUGUAUUUUCUGCUCCGAAAUCUGGCUGUCUUAGACCUCUGCUAUUCCACAGUGACUUCUUCAAAGAUGCUGGUGGACUUCUUUCAUGAAGUCAAGACCAUUUCCUACCAGGGCUGCAUGGCCCAGAUCUUCUUCUUUCAGCUCUUGGGAGGCGGGACUGUCUUCUUUCUUUCAGUGAUGGCCUAUAACCGCUACAUAGCCAUCUUCCAGCCCCUCCACUAUGUCACCAUCAUGAACACUCAGUUGUGUGUGGGGCUGGUGGUGGCUGCUUGGGUAGGGGGAUUUGUUCACUCCAUUGUCCAGCUGGCUCUGAUGAUCCCAUUGCCUUUUUGUGGCCCCAACGUCCUGGAUAAUUUCUACUGUGAUGUCCCACAAGUGCUGAGACUUGCCUGCACUGACACCUCCCUCCUGGAGUUCCUCAUGAUCUCCAACAGUGGAAUGUUGGUCCUUAUCUGGUUCCUUCUUCUUCUGAUAUCUUACACGGUCAUCCUGGUGAUGCUGAGGUCCCACUCAGGGCAGGCAAGGAAGAAGGCAGCUUCCACCUGCACCACUCACAUCAUUGUGGUGUCUAUGAUCUUCAUUCCCUGUAUCUCUGUCUACUCCCGGCCCUUCACCCCCUUCCCCAUGGACAAGGCCGUGUCCAUCAGCUACACAGUUAUGACCCCCAUGCUCAGCCCCAUGAUCUACACACUGAGGAAUCGGGAGAUGCAGGCAGCCAUGAAGAGAUUAGGCAAGCACCUUGUGAUAUGUAACAGGGAGUCAAUUUAAAAUGUCUUGAGUUUAAAUGACAAGUCUUCCCUCUAAACUUUUGUUUUCCCGUGUGAAA